GGAGGCUGAUCGCCGGCCACAGCCAAAAACCACCCCAUCAAAAGCCGAGCUCUCUCGUCUCUUUCCCCGGCCGCGGUUAAUUCCUCGCCCUCUUUUCCAGUGCCCUCGGCAGGUUUAACCUUAUCCGUAUCGCCUCCCUGGUCCGGUGUGUGCGAAGCUCUUCCGAUCGAUGCCGGACGCGGAGAGGCAAUCGCCGUUGGCGUCGGCGGAGAGGCGGCCGCACUUCUUCAAGGUGCUCAUCGGCGACUUCAAGAAGCGCCUGAAGAUCCCGCCAAAGUUCUGCAAGCACAUCCCCUGGGAGGCGUCCAGGAAGGCCAAGGGCCUGAAGGAGGCGUCCAUGGCGGCCACGCUGGAGGGCCCCAGCGGCCGGACGUGGCAGGUCGUCAUCCGCCGGACCGCCGAGGGCACCUUCUUCACCGCGGGCUGGGCCAAGUUCGUGCAGGACCAGGCGCUGCGGGAGCUGGAGUUCCUCGUCUUCCGCCACGACGGCGGCACCAGCUUCGCCGCCAUGGUGUUCGACAAGUCGGCGUGCGAGCGGGAGGACCUGCUGCUCGCCGGCGACGCGCCGCGGCCGCGCAGGAAGCGGGGCCGGCCGAGGACGGCGUCGCGGGCCCUGGAUGACUCGGCUGGCAUGGAGCUGGUCCCGUACCGUGCGCCUGCCGAUCGGCCGCCCCAAGCCGCGUGCUCCGAUCGGAUGCCGGAGUCGGACAAGUCAAAUGGAUCAGCCGGGCAUCCCGGCCCUAUGAAGGCCGAGGUGGGCGCCGGCGAGCUCCCGCUGUGCUUGAUCGCCGCACCACCGUCGGAGUCGGGGCAGCUCCUGCCUGGCCACUUGCCAGCCGGGACCAAGGACGGGGGCGCGGUGAAAACGCGGAGCAUCCACGGCGACCUCGCGGCGGCCAGCAUCCCCCCUUCCGUGAGGAAGUACAACGGGUACGUGUCCCGGCGGCGGCCCGUGGCGAGCGCCGAGCGGCAGCGGGCCAUGGAGCUCGCGCGCGCGUUCCGGUCGUCGCUCCCCUACUGCGUCAUCCGCAUGAGCACCAUGCACGUCUACUACUCCUUCAUGAUGAGGUUCCCCACGGGGUUCUCGAGGCAGCACCUGCCCCGGGAGAAGACGGAGAUGGUGCUCCGGGACCCGGGCGGCAAGGCGUGGGCGGCGCUCUACAUCCCCAGCACGAGGGACCGGCUGUCGCGCGGGUGGUGCGCGUUCGCGCGCGGCAACUGCCUCGAGGAAGGGGACUGCUGCGUCUUCGAGCUCGUCGGCGCCGCCGAGUUCCGCGUCCACGUGUUCCGGGUGGUCGAGCCCGCCGUGCCGGCGGUCAGGCUACGUUUAGCUUGAGCUUUAGCUGCACGCCUGGAAUUUCCUGGCGCGCAUUGGAUCGUCAGAGGCACUCUGAACGAAAGCAAUUAAUCCGAACGGAUAAUUACUAUUCAAAUGCACACUCAAUCAAAUGCAAUGCUGGAUCAUUCGUCUCCUCCGGUAAAAUGCAAUGCAGUAAUUUAAGCUGAUGACC